AUGAGUUCCUUAUCUUCAAUUAGCGAAGAGCUCGAUGAGCUUCAAGGACAAGUUUCUGAUAUUUUUCGAGCUUUAACAAAUGGAUUCCAGAAGUUGGACAAGAUUAAAGAUACGAGUAGGCAAAGUAGGCAGUUGGAUGAUCUUACGGAUAAAAUGCGCGAAUGCAAAAGGCUUAUUAAAGAAUUUGAUAUAGAAGUGAAGGAAAUGGAGGAUAAAAAUGAUGCAGGCACCAAUAAGAUGCUUAAUGAGAGAAAACAAUCAAUGGUGAAGGAGUUGAAUAAAUUUGUUGCUCAAAAAAAGCAAUAUGCCAGUAGUCUUGAAAACAAGCGCGCUGAUCUGUUUGAGAGGCCUGAUAAUAGCCCCACAGAAAAUAAUGGUUUACUAGCUUCAGCUAUGUCGAAUCAAGAGCUAGUGGAUCAUGGACAUAAAAUGAUGGAUGAGACUGACCAAUCCAUUGAGAGGUCAAAGCAGGUUAUUGCAGAGACUGUUGAGGUUGGAACAGAAACUGCAGCAACACUCAAGGCACAGACAGAGCAAAUGAGCAGGAUUGUUAAUGAACUGGAUUCUAUCAAUUUUUCAAUCAAAAAGGCUUCUAAACUGGUCAAGGAAAUUGGUAGACAGUUUGCAACCGAUCGGUGUAUUGUCUUCAUGCUCUUCCUCAUUGUGUUGGGUGUUAUAGCCAUCUUAAUUGUGAAGCUUGUGAAACCAGAUAAUCAAGACACACAGGAGGUCCCUGGACUAGCUCCUCCAGUACCUACCAAUCGCAGACUGCUCUGGAAUCCCAAGUAAAAGUGUCAAAACAUGUUGUAUAGUAUCAGAGAAUCAUUUUAAUGCAGUCAAGGUACAUUCUUUCCACAUACCCGACAUGGUUCAGUCGCUCAGAAAGGUGUAUAUUUGGCUAUCCAAUCGAAUAACACGAGUAGUUUCCCUAUGAAAGUGUUUUCCUCGCAAGGAUAAGGAAAUGCAAUAGAUAAGAGCUUUCUUUUCUACAAGAGGAGGAUUUUAAAAGGAUGAUCCCGAAAUUUUCAAAACUAAGACAACCUUUAUUAGUAGUCUGUCCAUGAUCCUACAAGU